AUGUUGUUGACUACCGAACUUUACGAAUCCGAACUUUCGGGGCUACGGGCCAACAAGGAGAGAUUGUGGAAGUAUAUCCAUUACAGCUGUCAAUGGGGUUCUGGCAUAAGAUGGGGAGAAGGCCCUACAGAUACAGGCAUGCAGCGGCUGUCCCUCUCGCAAGAGGACAAGCAAGUUCGAGACUGGUUUAUCGAAACCACAAAGUCCCUCGGCUGCAAUGUGACAGUCGACGAAAUGGGUAACAUCUUUGCUGUUCGUCCUGGACGCAGAAGGGAUGUCCCCGCCACUUUUGUCGGGAGCCAUCUCGACACACAGCCCACAGGUGGCAGAUAUGAUGGCAUUUUAGGCGUCUGUGCCGGGAUCGAGAUGCUCAAGGUCCUAGAAGAGAACGGGAUCAAAACGGAGGGCGGGGUAGGUGUUGUUAAUUGGACAAACGAAGAAGGCGCCCGCUUCCCCAUAAGCAUGGUCUCCUCCGGCGUCUGGGCCGGCCAAAUCCCUCUUGAAACAGCCCAUAACCUCCGUGAAGUCCCCACCGUCGCCUCCCUACCCACUGCCUCCUCAGUCCCAGAGACCAUGAAAUCUGCCCUUGAAAAGAUUGGCUACCUAGGCACCACCCCAUGCUCUCACACCUCAUACCCGAUCGCUGCCCACUUCGAAGUCCACAUCGAGCAAGGGCCGAAUCUCAUUAAUGCAGGACAGCGCGUGGGCGUCGUCACCGCCGUCCAGGCAUAUCGCUGGUACCGCAUCUACGUGACAGGCCGUGAUGCACACACCGGCACCACGGCCUUCGCGCAUCGUGCGGACGCCCUCUUCGCUUCGGCGAAGAUGAUGGUGCGGGCACGCGAAAUCGCGCAGAAGCACGGCGCUCUAGCUAGUGUGGGGAGCGUAGCCAUCAAGCCUGGCAGCGUCAAUACGGUUCCUGGGCUUGUCAAUUUCAGUCUUGAUAUCCGGGCUGCGGAUACGGCGGUUGUGGAGAAGUGCGAUGCGGAGAUGCGGGCGGAGUUUGCGGCGAUUGCGGCGGAGGAAGGCAAGGGGAUUGGGAUGCCGUGUCGCGUUGAGUGGGUUUUGGAUUUGGAUUGUCCUGCUGUUCAGUUUCAUGAGGAUUGCAUUGGAUGUGUGAUGGAGUCGACUAGGGCUGUUGUUGGGGAUCAGUCGGUUCCUGAGUCCUUGUAUCGCACGAUUAUGAGCGGGGCUGGUCAUGAUAGUGUCUUCACGUCGAAAAGGGUGCCGACGAGCAUGGUUUUUGUGCCGUGUAAAGAUGGGUUAAGUCAUCAUCCGGAAGAGUUUGCUUCGGCGGAUGAUUGUGCGAUCGGUGCGUCGGUUAUUUUGCAGGCCGUCGUGAGAUAUGAUCGGAUGAGGUUCAAGAACUAG